AUGUCGACCGCCGAGGCUCCUUCCCCGUUGCCGGAGAAGACGAAGAAGAAGAAGAAGAAGCACCAGGGGGAGGAGGACGGCGGCGCGGCUAUAGCGCCGGUUGUUCAAGAAGAGGGGGAGGGUGAUCAGGCGGCGGACUACCUCAUCAAGCCCCAGACAGUGACCCCAUCCCUGGACACUUCCAAGUGGCCGCUCCUGCUGAAGAACUACGACCGUCUGAAUGUUCGCACCGGCCACUACACGCCGCUCCCCGCUGGCUACUCGCCGCUCAAGCGCCCGCUCGCGGAGUACAUCCGGUACGGGGUAAUCAAUCUUGACAAGCCGGCGAAUCCUUCCUCGCAUGAGGUCGUCGCGUGGAUCCGCCGCAUCCUCCGCUCCGAGAAGACCGGCCACUCCGGCACCCUCGAUCCCAAGGUCACCGGCAACUUGAUAGUGUGCAUCGACCGUGCCACGCGCCUGGUCAAAUCUCAGCAGGGCGCCGGGAAGGAGUACGUCUGCGUGGCCCGCCUCCACGCCGACGUGCCGGACGUGGCCAAGGUCGGUCGCGCCCUCGAGACGCUCACUGGUGCCGUCUUCCAGAGGCCGCCGCUCAUCUCGGCGGUGAAGCGCCAGCUCCGCAUUCGCACCAUCUACGAGAGCAAGCUCCUGGAGUACGACGCCGCGCGCCACCUCGUCGUGUUUUGGAUCUCCUGCGAGGCCGGCACCUACGUCCGUACGCUGUGCGUCCACCUUGGGCUUUUGCUCGGCGUCGGCGCUCAUAUGCAGGAGCUCCGCCGGGUGAGGUCGGGGAUACUCGGCGAGCGCGACAACAUGGUCACGAUGCACGACAUCAUGGAUGCCCAGUGGGUUUUCGAUAAUUACCGGGAUGAGACCUACCUCCGCCGCGUGGUGAUGCCAUUGGAGGUUCUGCUGACUAGCUACAAGCGCCUGGUGGUCAAGGACUCUGCGGUGAAUGCCAUCUGCUAUGGCGCGAAGUUGAUGAUUCCUGGGUUGCUGAGGUUUGAGGAUGACAUCGAGGCCGGAGAGGAAGUUGUGCUAAUGACAACCAAGGGAGAGGCUAUAGCCCUGGGAAUAGCAGAGAUGACGACGGCUGUGAUGGCCACCUGCGACCACGGGACCGUGGCGAAAAUCAAGCGAGUUGUCAUGGAUCGGGACACGUAUCCGAGGAAAUGGGGGCUCGGUCCACGGGCAUCCAUGAAGAAGAAGCUGAUCACGGAGGGUUUACUGGACAAGCACGGAAAACCCAACGAGAAGACCCCGUCAGAGUGGUUGAGGAAUGUGGUUCUUCCAGCCGGAGCGGAUACCACCAUCGCAGCUGCCAAUGCUGCAGAGCCGGCGGAAGGAAAGGCUGCUGAAGGUGAUGCUGCUGGAGAGGAGGAGAAAAAGAAAAAGAAGAAGAAGAAGGACGGGGAGGGAGAGGUGGAAGGUGAAGGACGGAAGAGAAAGCUCGAAGAAGGUGAUGUAAGCCCGUCUGCUGUCUCUUUGAAGGUAAAGAAGCUGAAGGAUGAUAUUGUAGAGGGUAAAGUUGAGGAUACAAAGACAGAGAAGAAGAAAAAGAAGAAGGACAAGGACAAGCACGAGAGACAAGUCCCUGAGGAAGAGGACUCAAAGAAGGACAAGAGCAGUAAGGAUGCUGAUGGAAGCUCUAGUUCGUCCGAUGAGGAGAAAAAAAGUAAGAAGAAGAAGAAGAAGAAGAAGAAGAAGAGCAAGGAGGGUGAAAAUGGCUGUUCCCCUGGUCUUGUGGGUAGUGACGGAGAGCUAGAAAAAAGUGAGAAGAAGAAGGAAAAGAAGAAAAAGAAGCAUAAAGAUGCGGGUGCUGCUGCAUAA